AUGGAUAAAAUCAAGUAUGUUACUUGCAGUGCAAAUGAUAUUUCAAAAUUGACCAAUGCACAAAUUCAAAACAUUAUAAAUCAAUUAACCUCAAAAACCAUUUCCUUGGGAAACGAUCAUAGUCAUGUGACUUCGGAAACGAUUUCAUCAGAGGAUAAUGUUACUUCGAAGGUUGAGGAUCUAUCAGAAAGUGAGGUAUUUGGUAUUUAUCGACAUAUAAAUGCUAAAGAAGAAAAUGGUGAAAAUAGUACUGGUGAUGAUUUCUCCAAUAAUGAAGCAAAUGAUAUGAGUGUAAUGUAUUCUGAUGAUGAUGAUUCAGGAUAUUACUAUGAUUAA